AUGGAAUUGCAACUGCUAUUUCAACAAGCAAUAGAGCGUUUGUUGAAGUUUCAAGAUGUUAUUGUACAAGCACCAACUGGUUCCGGAAAAACUCUCGCAUAUAUUUUACCACUGUUCACUAUUUUAUGGACAAAGAAAAAGAUUUGGCCAGAAAAUGAAAUAGGUGCAGUGGUGAUUGUUCCAAGCCGCGAAUUAGCAAAACAAGUUGGUGCAGUUUGUAAAUUGUUUGCGGAUGCACUCCCCGUCAGCAUGCGUGUGAUGAUUGGUGGAAAGAAAGGAAAAUGCGACUCAAAAAUAGUCCAGUCUUUAAACGCAGCAGUAAUAAUAGCUACUCCUGGAAGAUUACAGUCAUUAAUAUCGUCUAAUCUAGAUUUCAAAAAAGCUUUAAAAGCCCUUGAAAUACUGAUCAUUGAUGAAGCGGAUCGAUAUACCGAUUCCAAUUUCAAAGCUAGCAUGACAGAAAUUUUGGAAUCUCUACCUAAACAGAGACGGACUGGUUUAUUCUCUGCAACACAAGCCAAAGAAAUGGAAGAAAUUGUGAAAUUUGGAUUAAGAAAUCCCACACAAAUUACAAUUACAAAUAGUGGUGCAGUACUUGAUUCGGUUGAUUCGGUGGAAGUGAUAUCACCAAAUACACUGAAUAACUUUUAUAUGUUACAAAGUUUCCGAAGAACUGGCAAAUCACUGAUGCUCUGUACAGAUGUACUCUCUCGAGGUAUCGAUGUUGAUAACAUCGAGUGGGUCGUACAGUUUGACGUACCAAAGCAAACAAGCUGGUUUGUCCAUCGUGCUGGUCGAAGUGCAAGGUGUGGUAAAAUGGGAAAUAAUGUAUUGUUCCUCACGCCAGAAGAAACGGCUUACAUCGAAUUUAUUGAAAAAUACGAAAAAGUUUCGCUGACUGAAAUGAAAGGAAAUAUAGAGGAAAAAGAUAAUGAAACGGAACAAAUAAGACAACAGAUUGUUAAAAUGGCUUCAAAAGAGCGAGAAAUCCUAGAGUGUGGUACUAGGGCGUUCAUGUCAUUCGUCGAAUCGUAUGUACGUCAUGAUUGCAAUGUAGUGUGUCCAUCUAAAGAUUUGGAUGUUGUUGGUUAUGGUCAUGCUUAUGGAUUGCUACGUCUUCCGCGUAUGAAAGAAUUUCAUCAUAGCGAUUUAAGUGACUUUAAACGCUGCGACUUAAAUACUUCAGAAAUACCUUAUAAAAAUGCUGAAAAGGAGAAGCGAAGGCAAGAAAAGUUACUGCUUUUGAAUACCGAAGAUAAACCACUGAAAAAGGCAGGCAGAACUCAGAAAAAGUUAGACGCUAGGCAAGCAUCCAAAAAUUCAGCGAAAAAGCGACGACAUAGCGAAACAAAAGAGAACAUGGAUGAUCUCGGAUCAGACUUCGCAUUACUCAGGAAAUUAAAAAAGGGAAGAUUGAAAAAGAAGGAAUACGAUGAACUAAUGGUUGAUAGUUCCUAUUAG